AUGUACGACGAUGAUGUUCGACCAGCUUCCAACCUGACACAACCAAGUGGCAGCGGAUUACGAGGUAUCUUGUACGACCGUGGCAAGUCAUGUCCAUCACAACAGCAACAAAAUACCACAACCUUCUUCAACAAUGACUAUCAGCAUUCAAUUCCACGUGUUGCACUUGUCAAAGGCGGUGGACCGUGUACGUUGGUUGAAAAGAUCAAGUUAGCACAACAGGAUGGUGCUCAGGGUGUGGUUGCUUUUAGUGAAGAAGCACCCACCAGCGGCAAUACUUUCCCUGGUGACUAUGUGAAUAAUGAAAUGCACAUCCCAUCGGAGGCAGGCAUCGCGAUUCCGGUCUAUCACAUUGAUCCUGAUAUGGGCAUUCAUCUUGAGCACUCGAUUGCCGAUUUAGCAUCGAAGGCAUCUCCACAACAACAACAAGCCAUACGUGUACUUUUGUUGCCAGGAAACUCACAUGGACCGAAUCCAUGGGAGUUGACAUUGAUUAUUAUGAUCGUCUUACUUGGUAUCGGCUUUAUUACAUCAGUGGGCAUGCAUUUCCAUCUUGUACGCAAAAACCGUAUUCUCCGCCAACAAGUCGAAGCAGGUCUUAUCCCACCACCACCUGACAUGCUUCCUAUGGGUAAACAACUUCUGGAUUCUGACCAGUUGGAUAAAAUGCCUACACGCACGAUUGGAGGUGAACAAGCUGCUCAAGAACAUCGUGCUGUACGUCGUAAAGCGUCUCGUAUUUCCAAUGCGUCCAAGAUUGAUACAUCAGCCAUCCAUAACAAGCAACAAGAAGAUGAAGACGAUGAUGAUGAAUAUACAUGUGUGAUUUGUUUGGAAAAGCUAGAGCAUGGUGAUACUGUGAGGCAGCUACCAUGUGAACAUGAAUACCAUUGUGAAUGUAUUGAUCCUUGGUUGACAUCCAAGUCGGGUGAAUGCCCAUUAUGCAAGUUUGAUUGUGUGGCUGCUUUAGCACCUCCAUCUGAACAACAACCAAGUAAAGAUGAAAACGUAUCAUGGACAUCACGCAUAAAACGCCUCUUUAUCCGUAGACGGCAACGCCAACCCGACGUAGAAGAACGUAGCGUUGAAUUAGACAGCAUUGAGCUAUCAUCGACCGCCACAGCAGCUCCAGCAACACGAUAA